UUAAAGGUUCAAUGGGGAGACCUAAAGAUUUACGCAUAUGGGAGCACUACCGUACUUUACCAAACAAGUCUGUUUCUUGCAAGCUUUGUAAUAAGGUCUACAAAUUCAGUAAUGCUGCCAAAAUGCUUCAACAUCUUAUCACUUGUCCAAAAUCUCCAGAAACAUUAAAAGACUCUAUGAAACUUAUAAAAGAUAGCUCGUCCAAAACCAAAAUGUCUGGACUGUCAGAGAUAGAGACAAAUGAUUCUUUUAUAAGCCCCUCGUCGUCUGCUAACACUACAAUAAAUGCUGAGUUUCAAGACACCGAUGAUCAUAUAAAAACAGAAUUAGCGAGAGCUAUAUUUGUAACAGGGACGCCAUUAUCGAUGGUGCAACAUCCUUUAUGGAUACAAUUUUUCGAAAAAUUGCAACCAAAAUUUAAAAUACCUUCACGUAAAGCUUUAGCGACAAAAUACUUAGAUAAAAUAUAUAGAGAAAUGCGUUUUGAGUUAAAUGAGGAACUAAAUGCUUGUAGUUACUUACACCUUCAGUGCGAUGGCUGGUCUAAUUUAAGAAAUGAAGGAAUAAUAAACUUUCUUAUAUCAAAACCUCAACCUGCAUACGUUAAAAGUUUGAAUACAGAAAGUAAUCCUCACACUAGUGAACCUUAGCCAAGAAGUUGAAAAAGUAAUGAAAGUGUAUGGAGCAAAUAAGUUUCUUGUACUUAUUGGCGAUAACGCUAGAAAUAUACAAAAGGCAUUCGAAUUAACAAAACUCAAAUAUCCACAUGUUGUUCCUCUCGGUUGCUGUGCACAUAUCCUUAACUUGUUGUGCCAAGAUAUUGUAAAGAUACAAGAAGUAACUGUGUUUAUUAUGCAAGCCAUAAAUAUAAUAAAAACUGUUAAAAGGAGUCAACGAUUAAGUUCCUUGUUGAUAAAAUCAAGGCAGGGUGAAGAAACAAACACUAAAAUUGCCUUGUGCUACAAGAUGUGGAAGUCAUGUUACUUCUUUAAAAAGUUUGAAAGCAAAAAAGAUAGCUUUUCAAAUAUAAACAGUUAGAGAAGAUGUGGUAAUUUCAAGAGAUAUUAAAGAUUUAAUUCUAAGUGAUGAUUUCUGGACGAAGACAGGGGAAUGUAUAAGUAUUUUGGAACCAGUCACUGAAAGCAUAUUUUACUUAGAGAGC